AUGACAGCAGCUGCUGAUCACGACGGCGCCGCCCGUGUCGUUCAGCACCUCCAGACCGAUCUCGCCUCCCUCCCCCAUUCGGCCCUCUCGGCGGUCCUCGAGCACGCAUCGCGCAACUUUGACGUCCUCGAGGUCCGCCGGACGUGGAGUGUCCUGACAAAGCGGUUCGAUCCCACCUCUCGGGACAAGACCAACUUUCUCCGGCGGACUCUCGAGCUCCACAAUCCAGAAGUCGCCGACACCCAGCUCCGCCAAUUUUUCGGAUGGGUGGACCAUCCCGACGCCCUAUCCCUCCUCCUCACUGCCCACAUUGCCGCCAAUGACAUUCCCUCCGCCCGUGAUGUCUUUGACAAGCUCAUGGCGGUCCGUCCUUCCGUCACUAUCGUCAACAAGAUGCUCGGCAUGUACGCCGCCAACGUCAAUGCGGACCCUGCGGUCGAGCUGUUUGACGGCAUGGCCGACUUUGGUCUCACUCCCAAUAUCGCCUCGUACACGUCGCUCAUUGCGCUGUUUGCCAAUACGCGGGAUGCGGAAAAUGCGCGGAACGUCUUUGGGUUGAUGGAGGAUAGCGGGAUCCGGCCGGACGCGUCUGCGUACAGCGCGGUACUCAAUGCCGAGGUGGAAGCUGGGGAAUGGUUGGAGGCAGCGAAGCGGUGGGACGGAAUACCCAAUCACCUUCAAAACGUCCCAGACGUGGUCAGCGUUAUUCUCAAGGCGUACAUCCUGCUCUCAAUCCCUACGCAACGGGUGAUAGAGAUCUUCCGGCGGAUCGAGCGGCCAACGUCAUACCUCUGGUCGCUCGCCAUGCAGUCGGCGGUGGACAAUGACGAGAUCCCCCUGGCCUACCAGCUCCUCUCCGAGAUGGACGACGCCGCGGCAGCGUCGAGCCGGGCGCCGCAACCUUCGGUGUACCACUUUUCCAUCCUCCUUCACGGGUACAUGCGGACCGGACGCCGGAGGGAAGCUCGGGAGACAUACGACGACAUGCUGGAAAGGGGGAUUAUCCCGUCUAGCGUGACGUACGGGAUGAUCAUGGGGGCGUUUAAGAAGAUCGAGGGAUCUAGCGGGUUGGAGCAGGCCACGCAGUUUGCCGAGUCGCUCGACACUACUGCGUGGCAUAUCCGCGGGGCGGCGCGAGGACGCGCAGCGGCCAGGGAGAACAUGUACGGCCCAUUGGUGUCCAUGUCGGGCGCGUCAGGACAGCUCGGGCGGGCAGAAGAGUACCUGGAGCUAGCGGCGGAGGAACCUACCCUUCCGCUCUAUACGCGGCUUAUGGACGCGUAUCGCCAAGCGGGACGGACCGACUCAGUCAUGGCCAUCUGGGAGAAGGCGUUCGAGCUUGCGUGCGUCACCUCGCGACAGACCGCUUCCGAUCUUCUCGGCGGUAAACCCACCUCCCGGGCGCGGGACAAUCUUCUCUGCAUGCCUCUCUCCAUCGUGCUCGAUGCGCUCGCUUCGGCCGGCCGAUACCUGGACGUCCGGCGGGUAUGGGAUUCCGUCCAAAAGGCGGGAUUCGGCUUUGACGCCCAGAACUAUAAUCACUACGCUACCGCUCUGGCGCGGACGGGAGAUGUCGAUCGGGCGUUCUCCAUCGUCGAGAACAUCCUGUUGCCGAGGUGGGAAGAGAUCAAAAAGCGGCGGGUGGUGGCUAUGCGGGAGACGGCGUUUGGCUUGUUACCCCCGCCAGAGGAAGCCCCGGCGGUUGAGGACGUCCCAACUUCGCCUCCCGCGCGGACCAACAAUCGGCGGCAUGAAGAGCGGUACAGCGUGGGCGCACUCCUUACGGAUCCGUCCCGCGCCCGAGGGUCCAUCGACUCGGGCGUUCUACGGCACUGGCGGCCUAGCGAUGUGCUCUGGAGACCGUCCCUCCUUACCUUGUCGGUCCUGGAGCACGCGUAUAGUCAGCUUCAGGAUCUGAAUAGAGGGGCGUGGAUGGCGCUGGGGGGCAGCGAGGAGGACGCGGACGCGGAGGAAGGGGCGGGGGAAGUGGCUUUGCCGAGGUUUGGAGGGGCGCCGAUUAGGGACGUGGAUGGGGAGGUCAAGAAGACGACGCCGAGGGCGGUAUUGUUUAGGCUGAAUAGAAAGUAUACCAAGGUCGUAGCGUUAGUCAUGUUCCAUAGACGGCAGCGUAGUGCGAAGAAGAGUAGUUAG